CCGUAAAAUUUUAAUUCCACGAUCACAUAAAUGGACACAAAAGCUUUUGGCUAACCAAUAAGAGAGAGAGAGAGAGAGAGAGAGAGAGAGAGAGCAUGCAGUGGGAAUGUGUAGCCCGCCGGGCUGCAAAAGUUUCUGAAGUUUUCGAAGUCCGGCCAACCCAACCUUCCCCAUAUCGGAACUUGAAGAUGAAUAUUGUACCUUCACACUUACCAACCUAAUUCAUCGACUUAAUUAUAUCCUUAACCCAUCCUAAGCUUGCUCAUAAACCCAUAUCAUUUCGUUUCAAAAGCAUGGUUUGGCUUUGAAGUUUGAAUCGUCUCUCCUAUCCAUCCACAUUGCCUUUGUAGUUGUUCAAGUAAAAAUGGCUGACGCGUUCACUUAAUCCCCAAGCAACAACCGGCCUAUAUUCAUUCUUCUGAUAGUAUUUUUAUAGUGGUUUACAUGAGUUUAGUUAACUAAUUAAGUGCCUUUAUGAUUCCAUUGAUAAGAUUCCAGCUCCAACUUUGAAGGUGGUAGUGGAAUUGGGAAGAGAGGGGGAAAUGAGCUCUGCUUUUUUAGCAUAGAAAAGAACUGAGCUGUUAAAAGUUUAACAGCUGGCUAGUUAACUUUAUUUUUUGUAAAAGAAUUACUAUUUUUAAUGAUCUUUAGCUAUUCACUAGAGAGGAAAAGAAGGGGGAAAAAGUGAAAAAAGUAAAAUACUCAGUUUUUUUUUCCAUAGAUUCCCAAAAUAGGAAACAACUUGAUACAAACAAAUAUACAUGACAUUUGUAGGUCAUAACUAAAUUGAAUUAGAGAAAGGGGUGUUUGCCGAUCAAAAGUGGAUUCAACGAUAAGAGGACUUACUUUGUCACGAUCAUACGACCAGCAACUUGUCAUAUCUACGAGGCGUGAAUCAAAAUGAUGCACUUUGUAAUGGACCCCACGGAUUUGAAAGUUCAACCUAUUUCGGUGGGAAUUGAUUAUGGACUUUGAAGUCCUUCAUUUUUUACCAACCUACCCUUCAUAUUUGCUUUCUCUUCUUAUAUCAUUGAGGGCAAUAAAGGUAAAUUACACUUCACAAAUACAAAUUUAAUUAACAAAAUUCAUCAUGAAAUCCAUCAAACAAACAACGGUGUUUAUCAAAUCCAUAAUGAACCUAAAACCCUCAUAUAUCCAUGAUUUUUCAAAACCCAAGUUAUAAAAAAAUCUUCAGUUUUCAAAUCAACGCAAACGAACCCUACUAUUUCUUUGCUUGAAAAUGCUUGUAAUGGUUUUGGAGAUGGUGGGGAGGAAUUGCCUAUUACACUAAUUGGCUUCCCACUUAUACAUAUCAUGGAGAUACAACACAUAAACUAGUAUGUUAGUUAUUAAAUAGAAUGAUUCCUCUAUGAUGAGGAUUUGGUUGGUGAUCAGCCGUCGAUCUAUUUCUUCCUUUUUCUUUUCUUCCAAUCAGAAAAUCAAUGGCAAAAAGGAAUCGAGCCACCCUUAUAAUGUGGAGAGCCCAUGAUGCUCUCUGUAUAUAUGGGCGAUGGAAUCUCUAGCUUUCUACCGUAUAUGGUAUUUGCCGUUUGGGCAUGAAAAGUUGAUUAGGGUUACCCAAUUGUGAAAUCUGCGAGAUGGUGGAUUCCAUCAUGGUAUUCUUCUGACCAGGAUCCAUCCAUCCAUGUAGGUGUUUGUAAAUGGCAGAAUUUUCACAAUACAUGUAUUGCUUCAUGUUUGGUCUAGAUCAGGAUAACUUUGGGGAAAUAUCUAUAGUACUGUACCCAUCACUCUCAUCUUAUCAGAGAUUACUUCGGUUCGGCCAGAAUCGUUUUCGGAUCUGGGAUAUUAAGAAAUGUUGUCAUAACUGGAUCGGACGGUCCGUCCCCAGAAAUAAUCGGACACGAUGACCGUAUAUCAAGUUUCGGAAGCCGGCCUUAAAACGGGCCAUUAACUUGUUGGCCACUUCACGAUCGGUUCAACCAAUCAAUUGGACAAACUUUCCGACUUGAACCACCAAUUUUGGUCUCUUUUCUUUAUAGUUUGUAAGAAAAAUGCAAUGUGCGUUUUUUGCAUGGAUCGAACUCGAUCUCAUAUAUUGAAAGUUAUAUAAGUUAACCAAUUGGGCUAUAGUGGUUUAUUUUUAUUUUUUUGUUGAUUUUCAUAUUAGUCUAGUAGUCACAUUCAUCAUUUUAAGUAGAUUUACAAAAACCAAAUUUAACUUUCUGAUCAUGAAAAAUAACUUCUUUCUCUAUUUUAUAGAAGGAGAACAAUCUUGAAAUCGUUACAAAAAACACUCAUCCAAAUAUUGAAUAUUUAAUUGUAUAUAUGAUUGAAAUCAUCAAAAUCAAAAUAGAUACAGAUACUUACAUAAUUGACACACGCCAGUUACGAAAAUCAUACCUAGACACACUCAUCGGUAACAAAGAGAUAAUUAACCAAUAAUUUGAAAAAAUAAAAAUAAAAAUAUUCUAAACUACUAUUAAUCCUAGAAAAGCCACUGUCAAUAAGAAAUCUGACUAUACCCCUCCAAAUUGAUGGUAACUACUUAUCAACAACUCUAAAAAUAGAACUCAAAAUAUUCGAUACACAACUACCAGGAUGAUGAUCGAUCAUGCCCCCAAGAAACAUUGAUGUGAUUAACUAGAUGCAAUAAGAUCUCUUGCCAAAGUCGUAUUGUUUGUCAUGUUAGAGUAUGAGUGUAUGAUUAAGCAUGAUUAAUAUUGAGUUAAGUGUGAGUAUCAUUAUGUAAGUUGUCAUAGUGACACUUAUUAUAGUUCUAAAAAUUUAGGUAUUUUGCCUAUUUAUAUUAGAUUGUUAUGGAAAUUAACCUUUACAUACUACAGGGAGAGGCCUUGGCGGUUGAGUUUGAACUUCGGCUGGCUCGACAACACCAGCUAGUCUCGCCAAUUGUGGAGACGGACUGUCUAGCAGUCGUGAAUUAUUUGGAUGUAUCAAGAGGUUAGUAACGGAGGUUGGAGGCGGCCGAGUUCAGUACGUGAGUAGGAAAGCGAAUGAGGCGGCGCAUAUUAUGGCACACACGAGAGUUAGAUGGGAUGUAGCGGAUGUUUGGUUUGAUAGACCACCGCUGAAUUUGUUAGAUCAGCUUAUCUCGGACAAUGUACUUUCGGUUGCAUCUGAAUAAAAGCUGAAUGACAGGUUCUGAUAAAAAAAAAACCUUUAUAUACUACAUAAGGUAAUAAGAUCAUGAACCUUAACUAAGUAGAGGACUUGCAAUUUGGAAACAUGACACUAAGACUUGCAUCCACUUACCAUAAGGUAAUAAGAUCCCCUCUCUAAGAGCUCUCCAACUACGACAUAAGAGCAAUAUGUCAAUUGUAAUAGGACGACCUUAGAAUAUCCAUACAUAAGACACAAACGCAUUAUACAACUAUCAUAUUAACAUACUACAUUAAAUAUUUUACUACCACAAAAUAACUUGUACUCACAUUCCUGAGAGCCAUGUGAUAUGCAUUGUAUACCUGAUUUGGGUUGCUUGGGAAACAGAGACACAAAUGGAUCCCCUGAGGUCGACCUCAGAAGACCCAUUUCAAAGAUAUUACUAAAUUAUAUGUAGAAAGAAUAAGACUCGACCUAAAUACAUGGAAGAAUGAAAUUCACAAACCCCAAAAAAUAAUGAACUUAACAAAACAAAUGGCGGCCACCCCAGAAGCUUUUAUCAUUUGGCCAUGAAAGAAAACCAUUCUCUCUUCUCCUCACAAUAGCAUGUGCCACUUCUCAGAAAACCCAUUAUCACCAAUCCAAAGCCCUUUCCCCUUCUCUAUUUAAACCAUCUUCCCAUCCCUUCUUCCCCUCCACGCCACAACUUCAAAACUCCAAAGAAACAACAACAACAGAUAGACAAACUCUCUCAUUCAGUCAUUUCAUCAAACACUUUUCCUUAAAUCCCCUGUUUCUCUAUUAGCUAAGAUGUACACCGCCACUAGUCUUAAUAGCAGCGACUUACUCGCCAUGUUUCAAACUCCCACCCGCGAGGACUUCUUCUUCUCGUCGUCCCGCCGCUGCAUAUGGGUCAACGGACCCGUCAUCGUCGGCGCCGGACCUUCUGGCUUGGCCGUCGGAGCCUGCCUGAAAAGACAAGGCGUCCCUUUCAUCGUCCUCGAGCGAGCCAACUGCAUUGCCUCUCUCUGGCAAAACAGGACCUACGAUCGCCUCAAACUUCACCUCCCCAAGCGAUUCUGUCAGCUACCCAAUUUCCCAUUCCCCGAGGAAUUUCCAGAGUACCCUUCCAAGUUUCAGUUCAUCACCUACCUUGAAGCCUACGCCAGGCAUUUCGACAUCUCCCCGAAUUUCAACGAAACCGUCCAGUCCGCGAAAUACGACGAGACGUUUGGUCUCUGGCGGGUCCAGACCGUUUCCAACAUCGGGCCGGUGCCGGUGGAGAUCGAGUACGUCUGCAGGUGGCUGGUGGUGGCCACUGGAGAGAACGCUGAAAAGGUUGUGCCGGAGUUUGAAGGGUUGGAGAAAUUUUCCGGCGAUGUCAGCCACGCUUGUGACUACAAAUCCGGCGAGAGUUAUCGCGGGAAGCGUGUUCUGGUCGUCGGAUGUGGGAAUUCCGGAAUGGAAGUCUCUCUCGAUCUGUGCAACCACAAUGCCGCCCCAUCAAUGGUGGUUAGAAGCUCGGUUCAUGUACUGCCGAGGGAGAUUCUGGGGAGAUCAACAUUCGAGCUGGCUGUUACUCUCAUGAAAUGGAUGUCACUGAGGAUGGUGGACAGAGUACUGCUGGCUGCCGCCAGGGUGAUGCAGGGGAAUCUGCAGAAGUAUGGACUAAAAAGGCCAAGCCUUGGGCCGUUGGAGCUCAAGAACGUGGAAGGGAAGACCCCAGUUUUGGACAUUGGGGCGCUGGCAAAAGUGCGAUCUGGCGAGAUUAAGGUUGUCCCUGGAAUCAAGAAGUUCAGUAGUGGGAAAGUGGAGCUUGUCGAUGGGAAGAUUCUGGAAAUCGAUUCCGUGAUUCUGGCAACUGGGUAUCGCAGUAAUGUUCCUUCGUGGCUAAAGGAGAAUGACUUCUUCUCAGAAGAUGGGAUUCCAAAGAAUCCAUUCCCAAAUGGGUGGAAAGGGAAAGCAGGGCUGUAUGCAGUUGGGUUCACAAGGAAAGGGCUCUCAGGUGCAUCUCUGGAUGCCAUUAGUGUGGCAAUGGAUGUUGCCAAGAACUGGAAAGAAGAGACUAAACAGAAGAAGAAGACAAUGGCUGCCAAGCACAGGAGAUGCAUUUCCCAUUUCUGAGGAAAAAACUUCCCUUUGUUAAUGUCCUAGAGCUUUGCUGGGUCAAUUGGGACUGAAUCAGUUCCAUAACCUCUUUUUUUUUCUUCUUCCUUCUGGGUUUUGGGUGUAGAAAUAAUUAUAUAGGGAAAAGAAACAAAAGAAAAAGAAAGCAACAGCUUAGUAAUUAGCCCUCUCCUAAAGAAAAUGGCCAAGAAGUGCACAUAUUUUGGGCCAUCUGUUUUCCUUUCCUUUUUUUAUGAACAAAGGAAGAUGAGGCUGGUUGGUUUUUUGCACCUUUUUUUCUUGUUGCAACUUGUUUUCUCUUGGAAGAGCUCUUUUUGUUAUCUCUUUAAGGAACUUUGUAUCUUAGGGUACUCAAUCAUUCAAGUGAAAUGAAGAGGACAACUCUCUCCUCCAUAUUAUGUUCAUGUAUUUCCUACAUAUUUGGAUUUGGAUUCAAUGAAACCAUAGGCAUGUAUUCUACAUGCUUAGAGACUGUUAUGUUGAAUUUGUCGGCCAUAAGACCCUUUGCUUCUACUAUAGCUAAGACUGUUAUGAUGACGAGCAUGCUUCUCGCUGACCAAUAAUAGAAGCAAUUCCCGCUAUAGAGUCUACUCGUAGUGUGCUACAUUCAAGUUCUCAAAAUCAACGUUAUAGUUUCGUAUAGGUAGCAUUGUAAGAGUAAUAAUGUUCGGAGUUCAUUCUCACCAUUUAAAGGGAGUUGCAACUCGAUCGAGAGUCAACGAGAGAUUAUCCUUUGUGUCAACUGAUCACAUGAUCAUCCAAUGCCACAUGAUUUCCAUUUGAAGUAGGUCAUAUUGGAACCCUGAUUUUAUACAUGUGCGGAAAUCGAGUGAAUAUUUUGUUUAGAUUGGUCCAACAAACCAAAGUGCCGAAUUAGCGGACACCUUUGGCCUUGUUCAACAUGGGCGUAUCUCACUACAAAAUUUAUGUUGGCUCCUUCUUCUGUUGACCACGCAAUAAAACUAUGUGGCAUUGGAUGUCUAUGGCUUUUCUGGCCCUCUGUUUUCAUGCUGCAUUCUGCCUUGGCACAUGGAUCGAUCCAGCCAGAAUACAGGAAAUAAAAAGGAAUCCAAGUGUAGAUGUUUGCAACUUCCCCCUUCUCAUUUUUCUAGUAAAAUUAAUAUAUGUAAAUAUUUAUAGGGUUCGUUCCGAGAACAAGAUUUAGGUUGGAGAUUCAUUGAAUCCGUACAUUUUGUAGAAAUCUAUGUUUUUUGUUACUUUUAGUAGGGUAGAUUUUAGGUUUAGAUAUUUCAAAUCUCUAAAAUCUAUGAAUAUCAAAUCUCUAAUAAUUAGAGAGAUUCAAUAUCUUGAUUCGUUUUCACUUUAUCUCUUUCUUUUAUUUAUUUAUCAUAUUAAAUAUCAAGUCACUUGAAAAUGCAUAGUCCACCACGUGAAAGAAGACAAGAAUACAUAUUCUAAGACCUAAGUCCCUACUCCAAGAGGAUUAUACCAUCAACAAGUGUUUUCGCAAAUGCACAUUUAUGGGAUUUGAAAGCUAUGCUUUCUUCUUCACCAUGGGUUUUCAUCUUAUUUUUCUCUCUCAAACCAACGACUCCAAAUACAUAUCAUGGAGCACCAUUAGCAGAGUUGGCUAUUUGGAAGUAGGGAUGGCAACAAAACCCGAACCCACGGGUAUCCACCUGACCCAACCCGGUUAACGCAGGUAAAACUCGUGUUGACGGGUUUUGGGCCGGGUUUGGGUUUAAACCCGCUCCACUAUUCACCGGGUUGGGUUGGGUUUGGGUUUAGGUAAACCCGCCCCAUGGGUACCCGCCCACACACAUAUAAUUACUUUCCCGGUAUAUUUAAUAUUCUAAAUAAUAUAUCUUCCUUAAACAACUAAUAUUCUUUAUGUUUGUGGAGACAUGUAUAAUUUGUUCUUUCUAAUUGUUUUGAAUGAAGUUGAUAUUAUGAA